AUGUUAUCACAAGAUUAUAAAGUAGAAGAUGAAAAUAUUGAACAGCACUCUUCAGAAGACUUCAUUACCUGUAAUGUACAUUCAGGACUUCACAGUAUAGAUCUAUCAUAUAACCCCCCUAAUCAUGAGAAACCUUCUCCUGCCCAAUCACAGAUUGUUACAAGUACCGGGCAGAAAGGGGGAGGGAAAUCUUUUACAAGUAAAUCAAAUCUUGUUACACACGAGAGAAUUCACCUAGGGGAGAAGCCAUAUUCAUGUUCACUGUGUGGGAAAUGUUUUUCAGAUAAAUCAAGUCUUAUUACCCAUGAACGAAUUCACAAAGGAGAGAAACCGUAUUCAUGUUUAGUAUGCGGAAAAUGCUUUACAGAUAAAUCAAAUCUUAUUACACAUGAGCGAAUUCACACAGGAGAGAAGCCGUAUUCAUGUUCACAAUGUGGGAAGUGCUUUACACGUAAAUCAAGCAUUGUUAAACAUGAGAGAAUUCACACAGGAGAUAAACCAUUUUCAUGUUCAGAAUGUGGGAAAUGUUUUGUCACCAAAGCCAAUCUUAAGGAUCACCAGAGAAUUCACACAGGAGAGAGACCAUAUUCAUGCUCACUAUGUGGAAAAUGCUUUACAGAUAAAUCUAGUCUUAUUACACAUGAGAGAAUUCACACAGGAAAGAAGCCAUAUUCAUGUUCAGAAUGUGGAAAAUGUUUUUCAAAUAAAUCAAAUCUUAAUACACACGAGAGAAUUCACACAGGAGAGAAGCCCUAUUCAUGUUCACAAUGUGGGAAAUGUUUUACAAACAAAUCACAUCUUGUUACACAUGAAAGAAGUCACACAGGAGAUAAACCAUUUUCAUGUUCAGAAUGUGGAAAAUGUUUUUCAUAUAAAUCAAAUCUUAUUACACAUGAGAGAAUUCACACAGGAGAGAAGCCCUAUUCAUGUUCACAAUGUGGGAAGCGCUUUACAGAUAAAUCAAGCAUUGUUAAACAUGAGAGAAUUCACACAGGAGAUAAACCAUUUUCAUGUUCAGAAUGUGGGAAAUGUUUUACAAACAAAUCACAUCUUGUUACACAUGAAAGAAGAAGUCACACAGGAGAGAAGCCUUAUUCAUGUUCAGAAUGUGGGAAAUGUUUUGUCUUUAAAGCUAAUCUUAAGGAUCACCAGAGAAUUCACACAGGAGAGAGACUAUAUUCAUGCUCACUAUGUGGAAAAUGCUUUACAGAUAAAUCUAGUCUUAUUACACAUGAGAGCAUUCACAUAGGAGAGAAACCGUAUUCAUGUUCACAAUGUGGGAAGUGCUUUACAGAUAAAUCAAGCAUUGUUAAACAUGAGAGAAUUCACACUGGAGAUAAACCAUUUUCAUGUUCAGAAUGUGGAAAAUGUUUUUCAAAUAAAUCAAAUCUUAUUAAACACCAGAGAAUUCACACAGGAGAGAAGCCCUAUUCAUGUUCAGAAUGUGGGAAAUGUUUUACAAACAAAUCAAAUCUAAUUAAACAUGAGAGAAUUCACACAGGAGAGAAACCGUAUUCAUGUUCAGAAUGUGGGAAAUGUUUUACAAACAAAUCGUAUCUUGUUACACAUGAGAGAUAUCACACAGGAGAGAAGCCCUUUUCAUGUUCAGAAUGUGGGAAAUGUUUUGUCACCAAAACCAAUCUUAAGGAUCACCAGAGAAUUCACACAGGGGAGAAGCCGUAUUCAUGUUCAGAAUGUGGCAAAUGUUUUACCAAUAAAUCAAUCCUUGUUGCUCAUGAAAGAAGCCACUCGGGAGAGAAGACGUGAUGUUCUACAUGAGAAGUAAGAAAAAUGUCUUACUGUGGAGGGAAGUGCCAGAUAUGUGUAUAUGUAUGUGUAUAUAUAGUUGAAAAAUGGGGCAGCACUACUUAAGCAAUGCAAUCCGGGUGCCUGUGUUGAACCCUUGAUCACGGGUGUAUUUAUACACUGAAGAAAUCCAGGGCACUCCUGUAGAUGUGCCUUUAUUCACACAUGUCACAGCAGCGACGUUUCGGACCUCUCACAGAACCUUCCUUAAGCCAAGUGAAUUACAAAGUGCGGAGUGCAAAAAUUUAUACACAACAUGAAUAAUUAAUUACAAAUCAAUAAACCUUAAAAGUGCAUGUCUUGUUGAUA